AUGGCAUCAAAAGAAGGCGGCGAAAAAAAUAAGGGUUCUCAAGGCGCGGGAGAUAACAAAGAAAAAAGGAGAAAAGAAUCAAUUCUCGACUUAAGUAAAUACUUAGAAAAGAGUAUUCGUGUCAAAUUUGCUGGGGGCCGUGAAGCCGCAGGAAUUCUAAAGGGAUAUGACCCUUUGUUAAACUUAGUAUUGGAUAACACAACAGAAUAUUUAAGAGACCCUGACGACCCAUAUAAAUUAUUGGAUGAUACCAGAGCACUAGGUCUAGUAGUGUGUAGAGGAACAUCUGUGGUUCUUAUUUGUCCUAUGGACGGAAUGGAGGCGAUCCCAAACCCUUUCAUAGCGCAGGAAUAA